UGCCCCGCGGGCCGGAGUUUUGGGUUGGGCGGGGGCCCGCGGGGCCGCGGCGGGCCGUGUAGGAGUUCGCGCGCGGCUGGGAGCCGCCGCCGCGGUGCAGGCUGGGAGCCGCCGUUCCCGGUCAGUCCCCGGCCGCGGCGCCCGGCAGGAUUUCGAUCUCUCGGAUGCGCUCGAGGACCCCAAGAAGCCGGGUCCCGACCAGGAAGCCCGCGGGAGGCGGGGCCGGGGACGACCUGGACCUGAGCGACGCCCUGGGCGGACACGACCCCCCGCCGCCCGCGCCCCGGCCGCCGCGACCCCGCGACCCCCAGAAGCCGGACUCCAGGCCCGCGGGAGGCGACUUCUCCAACUCGGACCUCGAGGACGCGGCCGGGGGACGCGGCGGCGUUGGCGGCCGAGGCGAAGGUCCCCGGAGCGACGCGCCCGACCCGGCAGGUACCGGCCGAGCACCGAGCCCCCAGCACCCCCGCCGCUAACCGCUGCCUAAGCCGCGCCCGGAGCACCGAGCACCGAGCACUAACGUCGCGCGGCGCCCGCCGGGACUCAGCGCCAGCACCCAGGGCGCGCGCGACGCUGUGUACUGAGCACCCAGCACUCAACGCUAUGCACUAAUCAGCACCCGGCACCCCGAGUACUAAUCACCAUGUGCUCAGCACCCAGCACCCUAAAGACUAAUCCGCCCCCCCCGGACUGAGUUCCCAGCACCCCGAGCUCUCGGUACUAAUCGCCGCCUACUGAGCCCCCAGCACCCCAAGUACUGAGUCCUAAUCGCUCAGUACUGAGCCCCCAGCAGCCCGAGCACUCGGUACUAAUCACUGCCUACUAAGCACCCAGCACCCUAGAGACGAAGUGCUAAUGAACCACUGAGCCCUGAGCCCCCAGCACCCUGAGCACUAAGUACUGAGUCCUAAUCACUAAGUACCGAGCACCCAGCACCGCACGCGCUGAGCACCGAGCACUCAUCACGCCCAGCACCCCAAGUACCGAGUCCUAACCACUCAGUACCGAGCAUGCAGCACCUCGCGCACUCAGUACCGAGCCCCCAGCACCCCGAGCACUAAGUACUGAGUCCUAAUCACUAAGUACCGAGCCCCCAGCACCGCACGCGCUGAGCACCGAGCACUCAUGACCCCCAGCACCCCAAGUCCCGAGCCCUAACCACUCAGUACCGAGCAUGCAGCACCUCGUGCACUCAGUACUGAGCACCCAGCACCCACGCGCUGAGCACCGAGCACUCAGCACCCCCAGCACCCCAAGCACCGAGCCCUAACCACUAAGUACCGAGCACCCAGCACCCCAUGCACUGAGCACCGAGCACUCAUCACGCCCAGCACCCCAAGUACCGAGCCCCCAGCGGUGAGGACCGAGCCCUGAGCACCCCCCCCCGCCCCCCCGCAGCCCCCCCGCAGG